AUGAGGGAAGCUGGGAUCAUGUUGAUAAGCACCGCGCUAACAUGCGCUGUUAUUGGCCAUGCAUAUUAUCAAAGAAAACAAUUCUAUCCGACUGUUGUCCACAUAACCAAAUCCAACCCGAGCAUGACCGUGAUCUACGUGCAAGGAUUUAUCCUUGCAUUCAUGAUAAAUGCCUUCCUGCGAAAAAUCUUUUUCGGUUCCUUACGUGCUGCCGAACUCGAACACUUGGUCGAAAAAGUGUGGUACGCAGUGACAGAAACAUGCUUGGCGUUUACAGUAUUUAGGGAUGAUUUCAGCCCUAAGUUUAUAGCAUUAUUUACCCUCCUUCUGUUUUUGAAAUCAUUUCAUUGGCUUGCCGAGGAUCGUGUUGAUUAUAUGGAAAGAAGUCCAGUAAUAACAUGGUUAUUCCAUCUCAGAGUUGCUACUUUACUAGGACUUUUAUUUACCAUCAAUUUAACAAUGAUCCAUUAUGCAUAUAAUACAACAGCCACUAAAGGUCCCUCUGUACAACUCGUAUUUGGCUUUGAAUAUGCAAUUUUAUUGACUGUUGUUUUUAACAUCACUGUGAAGUAUGUACUGCAUACUAUUGACCUACAAAGUGAAAAUCCAUGGGAUAACAAACCAGUUUUCUUACUGUACACAGAAUUGAUUAUCGGCUUAUUAAAGGUUAUCCUCUAUGUCGCCUUUGUGACUUUAAUGAUAAAACUAUUUACAUUACCUCUGUUUGCAUUACGUCCUAUGUACUAUACAAUGAGAGACUUCAAGAAAGCAUUUCAUGAUAUAGUAAUGUCAAGGAGGGCUAUUAGGAAUAUGAAUACCCUUUAUCCAGAUGCAACAACUGAGGAGUUGGCUGCUGCUGAUAAUGUCUGCAUUAUAUGCAGGGAGGAGAUGGUUACAGCUAGUAAAAAAUUGCCGUGUAAUCACAUCUUCCAUACUGCCUGUCUACGUUCUUGGUUUCAACGCCAACAGACAUGUCCUACAUGUCGUUUGAACAUUUUAAGGCCUACGCCAACCACACCACCUAGACAGAAUAAUCCUCCUCCGCCAGCACCACAACAGGUGCCUCCACCUCAGCCUCCACAAGCACCUGGUGCAAACCCUAUGGGACCACCUUUCCAUUUCCCAGUAUUUUUGGCUGGAUUGCCAGCUCCAGGAAUGCCACCACAACAACAACCACAACAACAACAGCAGCAACAGCAACAGCAAUCUCAGCCUCAACCUCAAACUAGCGCCGGAAAUACGCCUCCGUCGCAAAACAUACCUCCAACUGGAAAUAUACCGCUUUUCCCACCAUUAUUUCCUACGAUAGUACCAUUGCCACCUAUUCCUGCACCACUACCGAACUUAACCGAAUUGAGCGAAGAAGAACUUAGAGCGAUGGAAGGUAACUUGCGGCAAGCUGUACAAGUCAGAAUACAAACGUUGCAUAGAAUUCAACUCUUAUUGAGUGCAGCCAAUGUAAUGAUGAAUCAAUAUCAAACAGCAGCUGCUACAGCUAACAUUCCUAUGCACAGCAGUCCUACUACUAACAAUAUUGAAAGUACCUCGGAUACAAUGACAACGCAAAAUACAAACAAUACGAUGGACGCAAGCGCUGAAGUUCGGGAUAAAAGUUCUCCUGUUAGAACAGAAAACACUCCUGUUUCAAGUACGUCGAUGGAAAACGCUCCUACUCCAAGUAUACCGAACGAAGAUGCGUCAACAUCUAACCAAUCUAAUGAUACAGCGGAGCUUUUAUCCACGACAGAGACGACAUCAUCGAGCGAACAAGAAAUGUUACGCAGACGUAGACUACAAAAGUUUUCACCUCCACCAACAGAAUAAAUAAAAAUAAAAUUGUGUGAUAAAUUAUGUAACAUAAUACUUUAAUGUGGUUAAUGACCGGCCUCAAUUAAUGCAAGCGAUCAAUAAUUGAGGUAUAAUAACUAAAGUUUGGAUUUUGUAAUCGAUAUGAGAACUUUAUUGAACGUUAUUUCGGUUAAGUCGGUUGGUCAAUGAAUUAAGCACAAUUAGAAUUACUUGUAAAGAAUUCUCUAGCGAUUGUUAAAUCCAGGACUUAGUAAUAUCUGAGACUGAAGCUUGAAACUUGUGAAUCGUAAACUCUGAAGUUAUAAUAUCAACAAUCAUAAUCACAUGGAAGAAUAAUUUUAUAAGAAUAACAACUUAUAUCUUUCUUUUUGUAAACUAUUAUCCAGAAUACAUAUAAAAUGCGAAAGUUCUAUUGGCGGAUAAUUUUGAGAUUUACAAACGUGUUUUACCUGUAUAUAAUUUGAUUUUCUUGCUUUAUGUAGCCCUUAUAAUCGCGCGAAAGUAUUUCUUACGAAACUACGAAAUUCCAUGUAUUAAUUCCUUUGCGUAACAUGUAUUUGAAUAACUUUGUCCCUAAGAUUUAAUAUAUGCAAAUUUCUUAUGUACAGUUACAAUCGUAUUAUAUCAUACUAUGUAAA